UGAGCUCUCCGUGGUGCUGAAAGCAGAAAAACACGUUCAGGCUCCAGUAACAGUGCAGCCUGCGAAGAGAAGGCACAGGAGAGACACACAAGACAGAAACAUGAAAUGACUACCUGGAGCAAGAGACUCGGCUCUGAGUGUUUGUGAAGAUGAGUUGAGAGGCGCACGGCAAGAGAGAAUAGCUGUAGUGGAAGGUGGCUACAGUCGGCAGUGGGCGUGUUCUUCUUGUUGUGAUCUAUAGUUGGGAAGCCCGGUGUCAUCUGCUUAAGCCUGACUAUACCAACCUGUGUGGCAGAGCGGGACAGAGGGAGGCAGCAGGGAAUGACAUACCUGGAAACACACCACUCUGCUCUACCUUGGUCUCAACCUUCAGGGCGCUGCGAAUGAGGAUCUCUUUCACCUGUGGGACAUUUUGUGCAUUUGGACAUAUUAAAGACAGUCUGUGACGGAAGCGUUAGAGAGACCGUGAGUGUUUGGGCUGCAACUGCAGGGGGAGUUUGAAGUGUGAAUGUGUCAGUGUGUAUUUGUGUCGUGCUUGCAGUUGCGGGUGCGGUCUGUUGCAACACUGCGUCUUCCUUCCGUCUCCAGAAUGUGCAGAUGUGUGGAGCAGUGAAGCUGACACCUGGCUUGGAGUUUGACAGCAUCUGGACUGGAGGGGGUGCAUCUCCCUUUUCUGCCCAGGGGAGGGGGCACCGGGCUGGCCACCCAAUGGCUCAGCUCCCCUCUAGCACCAGAAUCAUCCUGGGUCACAGGGACUCCUUCUAGCAAGCCACUCAGUUGGACCAUACAAUGGAUGGAAGUCUAUGUGGAUUUAAGUGGAAUAGUGCACUGGUGCUCCAGCAUAGGUCAGAGUUCACUAGCGUGCACUGGACUCAUCAGGGGAAGACAGAAGACACAUUGGUCCACAAAUCUGAAGGGACACAGCCCCAUUAAUGCUGUGGAGACACUUGAAGAAUGAUGAGCUCCAAAGAGGAGGAAACUCUCCGGUUUUUCCAGUAUGUUGAGGAGAAUGGGCUGAGAGCCUACAAUGGCCUGGUAGCUCAGAACUUGGACCACACCAGGAAUGAGAGAAAUAAGGCCUUCCUGCAGGAAAAAAACGACAAGAAGAGAAAACAGGAGGAAGCCAUAAGGAGGACGGGUGAAGACAUAGCAACUGAGGGCAAGCACUUGCGUAUGGGCUCCAUUACCAUGCCGGACCCCCAGGAACGCAUGCCCAUGCCCCACCCGCACGCCCUUGCCGGUGGCCAGGGCUUCUCCGUACGCUCCCAGUCCCUCCACUCUGUCGGUGGUGGGAACACUGGGGGUGGAGGAGAGGAGGAAGUGGGAAGUCCGACCUCUAGAAAGCAGCCCCCACCCAAGCCCAGGAGGGACCCAGCCACCAAGCUGAGCAUGUCGUCCGAGGCGGUGGACCACAGUCCCACGUCCACCUGCCGCGGGGAGAGAUGUGACGCUCAAGAAUGCAGCGAGGACUGUAGGAGGGUGCCGCCACCCAAACCCAAGAGGAACCCCAACACACAGCUGAGCGUUUCCUUCGAUGAGUCCUACAUCAAGACUCACAGACCCCACCACCACGCCACCUCCCCCUGCGAACGCAACCCCUCGCCACCGCAGAGCGACGAGAGCCCUACAGAUGACUGUGAAGAUGAACCUGUGUAUAUAGAGAUGGGCGGGAUUGACGUCGGAGCACGGGAACCCCUGAAGAGCGAGGAUGAGGAACCGGGAGAGUCUGUGUACGAGGAGAUGAAGUACCCAGCUCUGGAUGAUAUGGAGUACCGCACUGACCCUGUGGGAUGCCGCUCUGCAUGCCCCACCCCUGCCCCUUAUGACCCCGAGCCUCUCAGCCGCUGCUCCACACCUCGAAACAUUCCCCUCUGUGACAUUCCUGCACCUUUUCCCAAUUUACUCACCCAUCGGCCUCCGCUGUUGGUGUUCCCCCCAGCACCAGCGCAGUGUUCGCCCAACUCCGACGAGUCUCCCCUCACCCCUCUAGAUGUGACCAAAUUGCCCAUGCUGGAGAACCAACCCUACAGCAAAUCCCCGACAUCCUCGGGUGAGCCAGCCUCCGCACACAUCCGCAGGGAGCUCACCGCCACCCCAACCCUCACCGUCUCCGGGCGCUCCUCCGCACCUCCUCUACCCUGCACCCUCUACAAGUCGUCCUCCUCGUCCUCCUAUCAGCGCAGCCACUCUGCUUGCCCAUCGCCCGUCAGCAUGGGUCGCUGUCUCACCCCCCUGAGCCUCAUGCGUACACCUCCCUUUGACGCCUCAAUGCCAUUCCCUGGAGGUCUGCCUCGCAGCGCCUCUGCCACCCCUCACGGCAAAGGUUCACCACCUCAAGAUGGUGUGGGUCGACUCCAUGGCUCUAUGCAGAAUGUGUCAACAGGGCGGUCACGAACACCCACCAGCCCGCUGGACGAACUCACCAACCUGUUCACCACAGGCAGGAACAUGCUGAAGAAAAACGCAAGUGGCAGAAAGUCGAAAGAGCCUGGAGAAACUGAGUCCAAAAGCAAGUCUCACAGUGAGUCCAAGCGUGAAGGCAAGGAACGUCACAGUAAGGAGUCCAAGCGAGAAUCCAAGGAGCGGCACAGCAAAGAGUCUUCACAUCGGCGAGACAAAGACAAGGACAAGGACAAAGACAAAGACAAAGACAGACACAGAGACAAAGACAAAGACAGAGACAAAGACAGACACAGAGACAAAGACAAAGACAGACACAGAGACAAAGACAGAGACAAAGACAAAGACAGAGACAGAGACAGAGACAGAGACAGAGGAAGCAACAAUGUAGACCAACUGCCCCACAAAAACAGUAAAGACCGAACUUGUAGUAGUGUAGAGGCACCGCCUGUUCGCAGGGACAGCAGGGACGGCAGGGACCAGGGCUGCAGCAGUGUAGAGCCAAUCCCUGUGAGACGGAACUCCAAAGACAAGGGAUGCAGCUCCUUAGAACCAAUCUCUGCGAUAAGAAGAGACUCCAAGGACAGAGGGAUCAGCAAUGGUGACUUGAUGCCAAGGAGAGACAGCAAGGACCGGAGCGGGGGACAUGGAGUGGAGCCUCUGCUGAGGCAGGACAGCAAAGACCGAGAGAGACUGCUGGAUCAGCCGCCUGAGCUCUUACCAAGACAAGACACCAAGGAAAGGGCGAGAAAUGGUGUAGACUCCAGACACGAAAGCAGAGAGAGACUGCUAGAUCAGCCACCUGAGCUCAUAUCAGGGCAGGAUAGUAAGGAGAAGGCCAGGAACGGUGUGGACUUAAAGCAUGAAAGCAGAGACAGGCCACCUGAGCUUUUACCCCGACUGGAGAGCAAAGACAGAGCUAAAACUGGAGCAGAAUAUAGGUAUGAUAGCAAAGAUCAUCGACCUGAUUUGUUACCCCGACAGGAUAGCAAAGAGAGACUCAGGGGUGAGAUUGAGCAUAGGCACGAAGGUAGAAUAGACCAGCCUCCGGAGAUCCUGCCCCGACAAGAAACGUCCAGAGGCGGCAACAGCAAGGACAGAGUUGUCUCCAGCUCUGACUCCAAGGUUGAAGGGAGAGAGCGGAGCUGUCACAAUGGAGGAGAUAUUCCUCCUCCUCCUCUACCCAAGCAGGAGAGUAAAGAUCUGAGCAAAACUGGCCUCGAGGUGAGGCGGGACAGCAAAGACAGAAGUCUGAAUGGCUCGGGGGAGCAGCAUUAUUACGAUUUGAAGAACAGCAAGAGCCCCACUGCAAUGGAGUACAGGUGUGAUAGCAAAGGAUUCAGACGGGAUGGCACGCCCCGACGGGAAAACAGAACAAACUACAGCAUGGAACAGUCGAAAGCACAAGAGAGGAACGGCAGCACAACAUCAGGGCAGCAUUCAUCCACCACAACACCUACUCACCAUGGGAGAUCAUCCGGCAGCCCACCAAUGACUGUGGGAACAGGAAAUGAUCCGAAAGCACCACCGAAAUAUGCCCGCUCACCUUCUGCUCCUGGCAACCCCUCACCAAUGGGAACUCCACAAAAGAGGGUAGCAGAGACACAUCACAGUCAGAUGCCCCAGAUGCCCUGGAUAUGUGGGGACACCACCAUGCUCGAACAGAUCGAGAGGAAACGCACCCUCUGCAUGGAGAUCCGCUCCAGACAGCACCCGCACCUGCAGCGAUCCCUGGAGAGGCCUCCUCCUCCUCCUCCGGACAGGAACGAGGACAGGCCCCCGGAGCGGAGUCAGUGCAAGCAAGAGAGUGCACCUGUCCUCCCAAGCUGGGGGAAAAGCAGCGGGGCCAAAAAGAUCCGUCCCCCCCCUUACCCCACACAGACAACCGUAUUCUGGGACACGGCCAUCUGACAGUGACAACACACUUGCACCUCCCUGCCACACAACCCCCCAAUUACCCAAUCCCUCUCUCCUCUGGGUUGAGCUGAUUCAUCCCUGCAACAUCAGGGGGAACCAGGACAGCCAAUAAGAGCACCAGGGGGAUGAUACUUGCUGAUGUCAAAGGACAAUGGUGGUUACCAUAGCAAUAUUUCUGCUUGUUCAGGUUGUCAUGUUUUCUUAUCAUCACUGGUGAUAUUUGAUAUUUUUCUAUUUCCUGUGACUGGAUUUCUUGUAAUAUAAUUAGUAGAAUAGAUAUUUGAUGAAUAGAUAUUUUUUAAAUGAGAUGGGGAUUAAAAAGCAUCUUAAAUUAUGUAUAGUAGAUGUAGAUGCUAUCUAAAGUUUGUUUUUUUAAGUUUUUUUUUUUUGUGGUUCUUUUACAUUUGAAAGCAUAAUCUAUCAAUACUUGUACUGUAGUAGCAUAAUUUUCUUAUGCCCAACUCUUUUUGUGCUCAAAAGCCCUGAAGUGAGUGGACUAUUCAAUUCUGUCUAUAUAUACUUUACAUUUUCACUGUUGUAUAGUAAGUUGAGGAGUUUAACAUCAACGUGCUUUAGAUUCUGGCGCCCUCCAUGCCUGGUCCAGCAUGUUGUAGAAUGUACAACAGUUGGUCCUAGAAAAGAGACAGGAAACUCUGUGUGCUUCACUUUGUAUAUUACAGUAAGAAGCUGUGUGUAGUCACUGCGUCAAAGCCUUUCAAGCGGUCAAUUCGUUUUAUAGGUGAACCUGUUGGCUGGCACGUUGUAGAUGACAGAGAAAGUGUGAAAUGUUUCUGCUGUAUUCUAAGAGACACUAUGAGGGUGGGAUGGGGAGGUAGUAAAUUAGAACAUUACAUUUUAAACAGUUUAAUUUCCAAACCCAGCCAAAGCCUGUAAAAGCAAGACAUGGGUGUGGUUGCACUUAGGAUGUUGGGUUAUUUGAAACGGGGUGGUGGCAUUAGCUGGCGAGCACCAGCGCCCUUACCUUUUGCCAUGCACACUGCGAGCACCAUGGCACAGUGUAAAGACUUGAUGCCAACGACCAGCCCGCACAAUCAACACCUGAGCUUUUAGAACGUUUCUUAAUUUUACUGCAGAUUAUAAUAGCCAUAUGCACUUGCUUAUGAAAUAACUUUCAAGAUUAUGCUUAUAUAUAUAUUUUUGAAAAUGUUAGGAGUAGCGAGCUGUGCCAUGGAAGUUUUCAUUUAUUGGCUAGGACGUAAACGCCUCAGGAGACUGGCCGUGUGUGACAUGCAGCCGUCCGUGAUCGGUUGUCUCUGACAAUGUUCCCAAUUGAAUUGGCUGGCAACCAUUUUAGAGAUCGAAUCAUUCAAGGACCUAUCACAUGGCAACAGCUCUACCCAGUCAAAAGGACAGGGGUUGCACAAGGGCCUACACAUAUUUGAGGCUUAGUUAAGAAGAAAAGAAAACUGCACUACCCAUCAUCUUCCAUCACAUUCAAUCAGGCUGGUAACAUACACUUCCUUCUCCCCCAGCUCUCUCCCUCUACCUCAGCCUCCUGCUUACAUCAUCGAAAUUGGUUCUCUUUGCACAUUAAAAUGCAAUGUCAACAUUGCCAAAAUAGUUUGGGUUUGACAAAUGGGCGAGCCCUCAGAGUGCAAGUGCAGUACCCCCUCUCUCUGGUGAGAAUCAUACUACAGAGGUCCCUCUGUGUUAUGCGAAUGGGCGUGUCUGUGUGUGUGUGUGUGUGUGUGUGUGUGUGGGUGUGGGAGAGAGCUGUGCAUGUCUGUGUUCGUGUGCCAAGCUACACUGUAUGCAAGUUGAAUCUUUACAAAUGAUUGUUUUAAGACAUUCACUUUGCCCUAUCCAUGGUGUUGGUGGGUGGAGGUUGGAAAUGUAAUAAUGAUGAUGUACAAUCUUUUUGUGUUUAUAAAUGUGCACUGUGAAAAGGUAGAGAGAGCACCGCACUGUCAGAGUCCUCUGUCCUAUUGCACUGAGUGUUCUCUUGUUUCGCGUAAUAUAAAAAAAGGAAAAAAAAAACAAUGUUUGAGGAAAUAAGUACUGUAUUCUGAUUGUCACAUGGGUUCUGUUGAGAGAAAUAAAUAAAUAUGAACUUGAAACCCACUAUGGAAAAAA